AUGUUCGAUAACAUGCGGAGAAAAUUACAGUCCAGGGACAAAGUAAACAAGCCACAGAACAAACAGAAGGAAUCACAGGAUAUAACUGCAGCGAGUAGUUGUAGAAGAGGUUUGAAGAAAUGGACGCGUUGUAAAAUGGGAAGGAGAGCAUGGUCAAUACUUAUAGUAGUCGCCACAGUCUUGUAUCCAGUACUGCCGUCCUUGGUACAAGCAAGUGCGAUGGCGUUGGGGGUAACAGCAGAGCCCGUUGUGAGUGUCAUCGCCAUAUAUGGAAGUCCCAUGCUGUGUGCAAUUAUAUAUUUGUGUGUGCUAGUAUGUUUCUGCCGCUCCAAGACAGGGAAAUGUGUAUUAAGAAAAAUUUGGAAGAAGAAGAAGAAGGAGGAAGUUUCCGCAGAAAUGGAAAAAAACGAAGGAGAAGUAAAUAAGAAACCGGAGACACGCGGGAAUCAGAAGGUACCUGGAAAACCAGAAGUACCUAACAAGCAGGAAGCAUCUGGGAUAUUAGAGGUACCUAGGAAACCAGAAGCACCCGGGAAAUCAGAUGUACCUCAGAACCAGGAAACACCUAAGAAACCAGAAGUAUCUAACAAAACGGAGGUACCUGGAAAAACAGAAGUGCCAAAGAAACCGGAAGUACGCGCAAAAGCACAAGCACCUGAGGAACCAGAAGUACUCGUGAAACCGGAAUCAUGUGGAAAAUCAGAAGUACCUAAGAAAUCGGAAGCACCUGCGAAAAUAAAACUACCCUGGAAACUAAAAUUACCGAGGAAAGCAUAA